CGUGCCGCAGCCGCUGCGUGGUGGCCCCAGCGGUGGCUGCCCGACGAGGCGGCCCGCGCCGCCCCCGCGCGUCGCCGUGCUGGCCGCUUCGGCCGAGGCCAGCGCCAGUGCCUGAUGCGGUUCGCGCUGGCGCAGGUGAAGAUGGGCGCGGCGGCGCUGGUGCGCGCCUGCGACAUUCGCCUCACGCCGCGCUCGCCGCCCAACCCGCCGCCGCUCGACCCGUCCUCCUUCCUGUACGGCGCGCGCGGCGGCCUCUGGCUGCACUUCGCCCCCCUCGACGCCCGCGCCGACUGACGCGCCAGCAGCACCCAGCACCCGCAAAGCCGUUUCAGGGCAAGCAACAAAUUACGAGGUUUCAUCCCAAAACUCAAGUGCUUCCAAAGCAUCCGAUGAAGAACUUUGGCGCAAGACGAUUAACAUGCCUGAUUGGGGUUGCUUUUUAUUGUUUUAAUAACAAACAAGCGCAUAUACAAAUAUGUACUAUUUCAUUAAUUGCUAAAUAAAGUUUAAUUUUAUUGAAAGGAGUACUUUUGUAAUUUAGAUUUUCUGAAAUUAAAAUUGGAAAGGAAAAUAAUAAGAAGUAUGGUUCAUACAUAAAAUUAAUUCUAUAUUAUACCUCGAAGUAUUCUAAAAAGAUAUUGUUCUCGUAAGCAUGCAAAUUCAUAAUAUAAUUUUUGCUAGAUAUAUUCAUUUUUAUUUCUAUUUAUUGAUCAAAUGCUGCACUUAUAUUGAUAGGUGAUAUUUCAAUACUGUUAUUUUGCGUUGUACUUGUAUUUUGCGUUGUACUACCAAUAUUUUAAAACAACGAUUACACAGUAUCUUUGUCGCAAUGCUCGACUUAAUUUAUUUUAGUCAAAGAACAGUAAAAACUGUAUGAGAGAGAAGAAUAGUCCACACACGUUUUC